AUGUCUAGUAACAGUGUGUUCCAGGCACCCAUUCAUAGCUACUUACAACUUCCGGCCACGAAACUUGCAUCAAAAAUUCGCCGAUUAGAAAUUGGUGUUGAGGAACUUUUGCAAGUAUUCAUUGACAGGAUAAAUGCAGUCAAUAGUAGCAUCAAUGCAGUGGUCGCCAAUCGUUUCUCAGAAGCUUUGGCUGAGGCGAGAGAGGUCGACGAGGAACUUCAUAAGAUGACUCAAAUUCAGAGAGACGAACUGGAGAACGAGAAACCCUCUGCUGGGUGUGCCAUUUACCGCCAAAGAAGCUUUUGCGGUCAGAGGCUUGCCUAA